AUGGCAAGAAAGGAGAACAUUGAAUCUGUUGAGCUCCUGCUCCGUGAUCUCUGUGAUCCAGAUCAGCCAUUUGGUGGAAAAGUUAUAGUCUUCGGUGGAGAUUUCAGGCAGGUUUUACCAGUUGUUCCUCACAAGACUCAAAGAGAAGUUGUUGCAACAAGCCUGGUUACUUCACAUAUUUGGCCCUGGUUACAAAAGCUACAUCUGACUGAAAACAUUAGAGCUAAAGCAGAUCCCCCAUAUGCAUCUUUUUUGCUGGCUGUUGCUGCUUUCCCUGAAUUGCAACAUCCUGCCUUUACACCAGAUAUUUUCACAGAAAGGGCAAUCCUAACCCCAUUAAAUGAUGCAGUAGACUCAAUCAACAAUUUCCUGAUUGACAAGUUCCCAGGAGAAGCAGUUGUUUAUAAAAGUUUUGAUAGCAUCCUAGAUGAUAAUUGUGUUAUCUACCCAACAGAAUUCUUGAACCAGCUUGCCCCAGGUGGUAUGACACCACACGGGUUGGUUCUAAAAGUUAACAGUCCAGUAAUCUUGCUGAGGAAUAUUGAUCCGGCUGAUGGCCUAUGCAAUGGCACACGUCUCAUAUGCAAGUAUUUCAGAAGAAAUGUUAUUGUUUGUUCAAUAGCAAUUGGUCAUCGUAAAGGAGAGCUUGUAUUCAUCCAUCGUGUCAACCUCCGGCCUCCAUCAUCAGCAAAAUAUCCGAUUCAAUUUGAGCAUAUACAAUUUCCUCUGAAGCUCAGUUUUGCAAUGACUAUCAACAAAUCUCAAGGGAAAACACUAAGCCAAGUCAUGGUUUAUCUCCCACAGCCAUGCUUUUCACAUGGUCAAUUGUAUGUUGCAUUGUCAAGGGCUAAGAAAUCGGAGAAAGUGACUGUGAUCACACCCAGCCUGCUGAAAUUCACAAUACACCAGUUCUGA